AUGUCUGCUCUCGACCAUGUUGCUGAGCAGAAGUACAUGAUCGCUUCUAGCGCCGGCCUUGUCAACCCGCUUUGGCCAUAUUUCUCACUCGAAGAGCCUCGUCUCGUGCUCGAUGUGCGAUCCGACUCAGCAUUCCACCAAGCACAUCUAGCCAACUCGUAUCAUAUCUACCCGAUAGCAGAGCUCAAGUCCAGAUACAGCUACUUGCCCCCACGAAAUGUUCCUUUUCUCGUUAUAGCUGACCAAGAUCAGCGGCAUCAAGUGGCAGAAGCAUUUGCUUCGACUCCUGCUGCGAGGCUAAUCUAUCUAUUAGAGGCGACGGCAACCUCCUCAUUCCAAAGCACCAAAGUAGAUCGAGAAGCCUUCUUUGCCAGUGCUCAGCAAUGCGGUCUCGUCCGAACAUCAGGCUCGCAUCAAGACCGAAUCACAGCAACCCACAGUGACGACAUCCCAAAUUUGCUUUUCCGGCCUUCACCAGCAGUCCAACGAACCGUGCUCAACCUCGAAUCGUCUCGCAGCACAGCACACACACUGCGAGUGCUCGACUUGGGUUGUGGAGCAGCCCGAGACCUAGCUUGGAUCCUGCACGGCUCUCGAUCCCGAACUUCGCCCUGCUCUUGGAUAGGAGUAGGCGUCGACAAUUGGAAGGCUGCCCUCUCACGCGCACAGUUGCUGAUGGAGGAUCUUUGCUUGACUUCGGAGGAGAGAAAGCCAAGAUGCGAAAGUAUGCUUUGGGCAAAAUGCAGCGAUGCGGGCUAUCUUGAUCCUUUGGUCGGCAGCGGAAAGGGAAAGUCUGUACUCUCGCCGAAAGAUGAUGCGGAGUUGUGGCAGCGGCAUGUAGCGCUCGGGCUCGAAGCUCUCCUUCCUGUCAGCACCGCGCAAUCGCAAGAGAGUGAGGAUGUGAGAGAGCGAGGGUUCGAUCUGAUCCUAAGCAUCAGAUUCCACCCCCGCUCGCUCCUACCACGCCUCUCAUCCCUCGUCCGCACAAGUGGCAUCGUGCUGCUAAGCCACUUUGUCACACUCUCCCCUACUGAGCGCUUCAUUGCUGCUGAAGCGCAUCCCGAGGCGAUUCUCGACUACGAGUCACCCUCCCACGAAGGCCGUAUACAACCAGGCGAAGUCGAGGCUUUGGUUGAGAGGUGGAACAAGCUUGUAGAAGCAGGCUACAAAUGGGUCGUGGUGGAAGAAGUGCUGGAGCCGAUCGAGGACCGGAGGAUCAUUAAGAGCGUUGCCCUGCGCAAGGUUGCCAUGUAG